AUGAAGACUUGUGAUGAAUGGAAACCUUUUAUAGCAAUGAUAGCAAUUGAUUUUUCUUUUGCGGCAGUGAAUAUUCUUCUCAAGCAAGUCCUUGAAGAAGGAAUGAACCAUUUGGUUUUUAUCACAUACCGGUUGUCAAUUGCUACCAUUUUCGUAGCCCCAAUCGGCUACUUUUGGGAAAGAAAUGGGAGACCCCGGCUCACAUUUCGAAUUUUAUGUUACCUCUUCCUCAGUGCCAUUGUUGGGGCAUCAGUCACUCAAUACUUUUUCCUUCUCGGAAUCCAAUAUACUUCUGCUACCUUUGCUUGUGCUUUCAUCAACAUGGUGCCUGUGGUCACAUUCAUGAUAGCAUUACCAUUUGGGUUGGAAAGUGUUAAUAUCAAAUGUAACAGUGGGAGAGCAAAGAUUCUUGGUUCUCUGGUGUGCAUAGGCGGUGCAUUGUUGCUGACACUUUACAAAGGAACGCCACUGUUUAAUUUUUCUCAGCAUGAAUCUGCAGUGAAGCUGGCUUCUACAGGGACAAAAGAGAGAUGGACUACUGGUGUAAUAGCAUUGGUUUUGGGAACCCUCUUUUGGUCUUCUUGGUUUAUUUUACAAUCGAAAAUAAGCAAGAGAUAUCCAUGCCAGUAUUCUAGCACAGGCAUCAUGACCUUCUUUGGAGCCAUUCAAUCAGCUGUUAUUUGCUUGUUCACUAACCGUAAUUUGUCCAUAUGGGUUAUCAAGGGGAAGUUACAAAUAAUUGCUAUUCUGUAUGCUGGGAUAAUCGGAUCAGGUUUCUGUUUUGUGGGCAUGUCAUGGUGUGUCAAGAAGAGGGGUCCUGUUUUUACUGCAGCAUUCAGCCCUCUUGUUCAAAUCAUGGCAGCCAUGAUUGAUAUCCCUGUCUUGCAUGAGCAGCUCCAUCUUGGAAGUGUGAUGGGAUCAAUCUUGGUGAUUAUGGGAUUAUACAUUCUUCUGUGGGGUAAGAGCAAGGAGAUGCAUGACAGUGUGAUCAAGUUAGUCCAAGAAGCAGAAGAAACCAAGGAACAAGAGCCGCAGCCGCAAAUACUGUUGAGAGUGUCUUGUGAUUCGCGCUUUCACUGA